AUGUGGCUAAGAGUUGCUUUAGCGUUAUUGAUCAUUGAGAAAUGUGCAUCGACUUCAAGUCCUAUUCAACCAAUGGCAAAUUAUAAAUAUUCAAUAGAACUUGAAGCUAAUAUAGCUGAUCUUUGGUGGACUAUUGAUGAUGUUCGUAAAGAAAUUACAUUUGAUUUGCAUAUAAGAACUACGGGUUGGAUUGCUUUGGGUAUUAGUCCAGGUGGAGGAAUGACAGGUGCUGAUAUAGGAGUUGGAUGGGUUGAUAGUCGAGGGCAAGUUUAUUUUCAAGAUAGAUAUGCGUCUGGUUUCGCUCAACCAAUGAUUGAUAAUACAACAAACGAUUGGUCUGCGGUGCAAGGUCGCGAAUUGAAUGGAUGGACAGCCAUUCAAUUCAAACGUUUGCUUGAUACAUGUGAUUCAAUGGAUUAUCCAAUUAAGAGUGGAACAAAUAUUUUGAUAUAUGCAUAUGGUCUUGUUGAUCCUGAUGAAUCUGAGAUAAGCUAUCAUGAAAAUCGUCGAGGUACACGUAUGAUUCCACUUCAAUCUUAUAGUCAACCACCAUCGAAUGACAAAUUUGCUGAACUUGAUUAUUUUGAACUUCGUUUAAGCAAUUACAUUGUUCCAUCGAAUGAUACAACAUAUCAUUGUAAGAUUUACAAAGCACCAACUUCUUAUGCAACAAAACGACAUGCUAUUGCUUACAAAAUAUUGAUUGAUAAUGAAAAUUCCGAUCUCGUUCAUCAUUUACUUAUGCAUGAAUGUAAUCCUUCAUUUACUUUUGAUGAUAACAACCUUCCUGAUGGAGUCUGUGAUGAAAUUAAUGAUAAAAUCGAACCUUGUUCAAGUAGUAUUGCUACUGGAUGGGCAGUUGGAGGUGAUCAUCUAAUUGAAUUUCCUGAACAAGCUGGAUAUCCAGUUGGUUUGAAUUCUCCAAAUAAAUAUUUUAUGGUUCAAAUGCAUUAUGAUAAUCCAAAACAAACUUCAAACCGUCGCGAUAGUUCUGGAAUUCGAUUUUAUCUUGGUAAUCAACUUCGUCAACAUGAUCUUGGCUAUUUAACAUUUGGCACAGUUUCAACUCUUCUUGGUCUUGCUAUCCCACCAAAAGUUGAAAAAUUUAUAGUUGAUUCUUAUUGUCCAAGUGUUAGUUUAUGGACUAAAUUAAUUCGUAAUAAGACAGCUGUUGAAUAUUUAUUUAAUGCUGAAUCAUAUCAUUUUAAUUAUCAAUUUGAAAAUCGUUUAGCAAAACCAAUACAACUUUAUCCAGUAGAAAAAUUUAUUGAAUGUUUUUACGUUUUAAAUUUUGUUGUUUUUAAGGGAGAUGAAUUUGCUACUCGAUGCAUUUAUAAUACAAUGAACAAAAAUGAAGGUGGAGAAAGAACAAGAGAUGAAAUGUGUUUACAUUUUGUCACUUAUUAUCCUCGGAUGGAUGAUCUUUCUGUAUGUUUCACGAUGAAUACAGUCCAAUCAUUACAAGAUAUCAUCAAUUCUUCAGCACCAUUUGAUUAUUUUGCUGCCAAAAAAUGGUUCCUCGAUUUGAAAUGGACACCAGAAUCGUCUAAACAAUGGCAAGAAUAUUACAAUAAAGCCCCACAUCUAGCAGUUUUUGCUCGAGCAGGACAAUUUGAGACGGAACCUCUUGAUGCUGUACCAAAAUAUCAAGAUUUUGAACCAGUUCAGUGUCAAAAACAAAUAAGCACAAACAACAAUGCUGCUUUUGUUUAUCAAAAAGCCUUUAGUUUUUUAUCAAUUUUUAUUGUUUUAAUACUUAUUGUUUAA